GCCGUCAAUUGUAGACUUCGGGAUUUUUUCGAGUGCACGUGAUAUGAUUCGAUUGUCUGUCUUUUUCUGUUUACUAUCUCAACGACGGACCUUCGCAGUAUCAAGGCCGCGGAGUGAUUGCUGAGCCCCAGUUGACGUCACCGGCGCACUUUGUUGAACUGGAACAGCGCCGCCCCGCGUCGCCCCCACCCGCUUCCAGACCCUUUCACCACCCGUGCGCCCUUACUUCGUAGCUCGCUUGCCAACGCAAACGCAGGGAACAUGAUAGACAAACCUGUUAAGUUCCGACCAACGCAGGAUUCGUUACGCGCUAUCAGCGGUAAUGCUAUCUUUAUAUUUGGCCAUGGUACCAGUGAAGACUUUGCUCGCUCAACCACCUGUGAAGAAUAAACUUGCCUCCCAUAUCCUCCGCAGUCUUUAGAGGGCAAAUUCAAGAACUUGGAACACAUUUCUUGGCAAUCCAUCAUGGGCUCCGAAGAACAAAAGCCGACACCAGAGAAUGGUACUCUUUUUCAAGGAUUCGAAUGGAAUGUCCCAGACGACCACAAACACUGGAAACGGUUGGCCGAGCAGCUUCCCAAGCUGAAAGCCAUCGGUAUCGACAACAUCUGGCUACCCCCUGGCUGCAAAGCUGCCAACCCCAAGGGCGUUGGCUACGACAUCUAUGAUCUAUACGACCUCGGCGAGUUUGAUCAGAAAGGCGCCAAAGGCACCAAAUGGGGUACCAAGGACGAACUGCUCGAACUCACCAAGGUCGCCAAAGAGCACGGCGUAGGCUUGUACUGGGAUGCUGUACUGAACCAUAAAGCUGGUGCCGAUAGGACGGAGAAGUGUCGCGUUGUUGAAGUUGAUCAAAAUGACAGGACCAAGGAGACCUCUGACGCUUACGAGAUUGAGGGUUGGCUAGGCUUCGAUUUCCCAGGCCGCGGCGAACAGUAUUCCAAGAUGAAAUAUCACUGGGAGCAUUUCUCAGGCACAGACUGGGAUCAAGCCAAUGAGAAGAAAGCCAUCUACAAGAUUCUUGGCGAUAACAAAGGCUGGUCUCAAUCUGUCGACGACGAGCAAGGCAAUGCUGAUUAUAUGAUGUUCGCCGACGUCGAUUACUCACACCCCGAGGUUCAAGAAGAUGUAAAGAACUGGGGAGUGUGGAUCACAAAAGAACUCGGCUUGAAGGGCUUCCGGUUGGACGCUGUCCAGCAUUUCAGCUCGAGGUUUACCAACGAGUGGAUCAAGAACUUGCGUGAACAGUGCGGAGACGAUAUCUUUGUGGUCGGUGAAUUCUGGUCAGGCGAUGUCAAAGAGAUGAGCGACUGGCUUGAAGGCAUGAACCACGAGUUCGCUCUUUACGACUCGCCUCUCUUGAACAACUUUGGGUCAAUCUCCACCACCGAGUCGGGAGACCUUAGAAAGGUCUAUGAUAACACACUCGUUCAAAUGCGACCCAUAGAUGCUGUUACAGUCGUAACAAACCACGAUACACAGCCAGGUCAAGUCAUGGAGACCAAGAUCGAGGGUUUCUUCAAGCCUCUCGCCUAUGCUCUCAUUCUGCUGAGGCAGGAGGGUUACCCGUGUCCUUUCUAUGGCGACCUCUACGGACUCUCUGAACCACAUGAGACCCCCGCUUCAUGCGGCGGAAAGCUCGCCGAUCUUAUCCUCGCACGAAAGCUCUUCGCGUACGGAACUCAAGAAGAUUAUUUCAACGAAGCCAACUGCAUCGGAUUUGUGCGCCGUGGAACAUGGGACAAGAAAGCGGGUCUAGCGUGUGUGAUGAGCAACGCAGGUCCUGGGGAGAUUAAGAUGGCUGUUGGCGAGAUGCAUGCUGGUGAGAAGUGGAAUGAUAUUCUUGGGUGGGAGGAAGGCGAGGUCGAGAUCGACAGCGAGGGGUACGGGCUGUUCAAGUGUCCCGGCACCAGCGUUGCGGUUUGGGUACGGAGCGAUGCUGAAGGACGGGACCGGUUUCCCACAAACUUCGAUGCGAAUGUAUACCACAAAGAAUAGAUAUAGACGACAGAUUAAGGCUUGCGAUAAUGCGCCCGGAGAAUUU